CCCAGCUCUUACGAAUUUCAUUCGCGGGUUAUGAAUUUCAUUUUCGUUCUAACCCUUCCCUCCUCUCAGCCCUCGUACCCCGACUGACGACCUGCGGCAGCCACGAUCGAUGGCGAUUCACGGCGACCGGCGACGGCAGUGAGCUUCAUCUACGGCGGUUUGCAUAACCUCUAUUUAUCAAGAGGACUUGCAGCGGCGGUCAGGGGUUUCUAACAUGCUACGGCAGUAGCAGGCUUAGAUGAUGCUCCAUUGAGAAACCAACCCGAGGAAAGUUCGUUGUUUUGCUUAUUUCCAUCACAUUUUCAGUAAAAAGGAGUUGAAAGAAAGAUUAUAAAUAACAUGGGAAACCCUGAGCAGCCCAAAAGGAGAGUGGCAUUUGUUCUGAUUGAUGGACUGGGUGAUGUAUCAAUUCCAAAAUUUGGGUACCGAACUCCUUUGCAAGUGGCCAAAAUACCCAACUUAAAUGCCAUUGCUUCUGCUGGAGUUAAUGGGCUGAUGGACCCUGUUGAAGUGGGUUUGGCUUGCGGUAGUGACACAGCUCACCUCUCUUUAUUGGGGUAUGACCCAAGAGUUUAUUAUAGAGGGCGAGGUGCUUUUGAGUCCAUGGGUGCUGGAUUGGCAAUGUCACCUGGUGACAUUGCUUUCAAGUCAAACUUUGCAACCCUGGAUGAGGAAACUGGAAUAGUCACCAGCAGGAGAGCUGACAGGCACUUUGAGGAAGAGGGGCCCAUCCUUUGUGCUGCUUUGGAUGGAAUGAAGCUGCCAUCUUUUCCCGAAUAUGAAGUCAAAGUCAGAUAUGCAACAGAACACAGAUGUGGAGUUGUUGUGAAAGGGCCAAAUUUGAGUGGAAAUAUAUCAGGGACAGAUCCUUUAAAGGAUAAUCGAUUACUUUUGAAAGCUGAGGCUCUUGAUGAUUCUAAUGAAGCAAAGCACACAGCUGCAGUUGUCAAUGAGUUAUCCAAGGAGAUAUCAAGAAUUUUGGUCUCUCACCCAGUGAAUGCAAAACGUGUAGCAGAAGGAAAGAACAUUGCAAAUGUGGUCCUCCUACGAGGAUGUGGUAUCAGAAUUGAGGUUCCUCCAUUUGAAAAUAAACAUGGACUUCAGCCAUGCAUGGUAGCUCCCACCAAAAUUAUAGCAGGGCUGGGUCUUUCACUCAGCAUUGAUAUCUUAGAAGCUCCUGGAGCAACUGGAGACUAUCGAACACUUCUAACAUCCAAGGCAACCGCUAUAGCCAAUGCACUUUCUGCUCCACUACAGUCAUGUCCCCGUGUUUUUGUACCAGGAGAGGAUGAGUACAAGCCAGGCCAUGCUGACGGUUAUGACUUUGGUUUUCUUCACAUCAAGGCAAUAGAUGAUGCAGGUCACGAUAAGGCAAGCAUUUUCAAGGUCAAAGCCUUAGAAGCUGUUGACCGAGCAAUAGGUCAGCUGGCCAAGCUCCUCUGGCAGGCAGAAUCGACUGGAAACUUCAAAUAUUCUCUUUGUGUCACUGGUGACCACUCCACCCCAGUUGAGUAUGGAGAUCACAGCUUUGAGCCAGUCCCAUUUGCACUGUGCCGGUUAGAGGAUUUUGUUGGUGCUGUGGGAGGGAAUGACAUUGUUAUGGGAACCUCCCUAGAUCCAUUCCCUCUUCCAACUGUCAAGACUGAUGAAGACCUAAAAGAAGACUUGGGUAUAGAAGAGGAGAGAAACAUCUUGCAAAAAGCUUUCAGUGGUGAUUCUGUUAGUGAGUUCAAUGAGAUAGCAGCGGCAAGGGGUUGUCUUGGGCGCUUUCCAGGAGGUGAAAUGAUGGGAAUAAUAAAAAGAUUUCUUAAAUUGAAACUUUGAGUAGCAGUUUUUGUUGGGAAGGUUUCUGGAAUUUGUUUCAAAAACCUAAUAAAUAAUUAAUGGGUUUGACUCGUUAUAUUCCUAACUUGAUUAUUUUAACAUGGGAUUCUACCAUUAAUUGGAAUAACAAAAGAAUUAUUUUC